CAUCUUCAAAGUACAUCUGCGAAGAAGAAUGUGGAUUCCAUUUUGGAGGAUUAUGCAAAUUACAAGAAAUCUCGUGGAAACACAGAUAAUAAGGAAUACGCUGUUAAUGAAGUUGUGGCAGGGAUAAAAGAAUACUUCAACGUAAUGCUGGGCACUCAGCUGCUCUAUAAAUUUGAGAGACCACAGUACGCUGAAAUCCUCGCAGAUCAUCCUGACGCACCAAUGUCCCAGGUGUAUGGAGCGCCACAUCUACUGCGAUUAUUUGUGCGAAUUGGAGCGAUGUUGGCUUAUACACCUCUGGAUGAGAAGAGCCUUGCUUUGUUACUGAAUUAUCUUCAUGAUUUCCUAAAGUACCUGGCAAAGAAUUCAGCAACUUUGUUUAGCGCCAGUGAUUAUGAAGUGGCUCCCCCUGAGUACCACCGGAAAGCUGUGUGAGAGGUGGCACACUCACUCACUCAAUAUUGGUAUCUCUGUAAACACAUUUUUGUUUUUAGUCCUU